CUUCACUUGUUCCGUUCUUAAUUUUUCCAUAAUAAUCCAAUCUCACAAGGACUGGAAGCAGCGACACCUCCUUCAACUUUCUCUCAGAUCCGGCUUCUUCCGCCUUCACCCAUUUCACCAAUCACCUCUCUUUUCUUACCAAAUAAACCUCCCUCUUCUCUCUUACAUUUAGGGUUCCCAAAACCCUAUCAAGAUUCAAGAAUACACAAAACCCUAUCAAGAAUAACACGGCAAGAAGAAGAGGAGGCAGCAUCACAUCAUGGCGGAGCACCUUGCAUCGAUAUUCGGAACAGAGAAGGACCGCGUCAACUGUCCAUUCUACUUCAAGAUCGGAGCGUGCCGCCACGGCGACCGCUGCUCCCGCCUCCACAACCGCCCUACGAUCUCGCCAACUCUCCUCCUCUCCAACAUGUACCAGCGCCCUGACAUGAUUACCCCCGGCGUCGACCCUAACGGCCAGCCUCUCGACCCUCGCAAGAUCCAGCAGCACUUCGAAGACUUCUACGAGGACAUCUUCGAGGAGCUCUCGAAGUUCGGCCACAUCGAGUGCCUUAACGUCUGCGAUAAUCUUGCUGACCACAUGAUCGGAAACGUCUACGUCCAGUUCCGCGAGGAGGAUGAAGCCGCCGCCGCACUCGCCGCCCUGCACGGCAGAUUCUACUCUGGCCGCCCUAUAAUUGCUGAUUUCUCACCUGUUACUGACUUUCGUGAGGCCACGUGUCGCCAGUUUGAGGAGAACAGCUGCAACCGUGGCGGUUACUGCAAUUUCAUGCAUGUUAAGUUGAUUGGUAGGGAGCUUAGGAGGAAGCUUUUUGGCCGGUACCGCGGCGGAGGAAGGUAUCAUAUUAGCCGCAGCCGAAGCAGGAGCCGGAGCGCGAGUCCGCGGCAUAGGAGGGAGAGGGAUUACGAUAGGCGUGACAGGGAGAAGGAUUAUAGGAAAGGGAGCAGGGACAGGCAUGAUAGGGACAGGGAUAGGGGAAGGGAGAGAGAUGGCAGCGGCGGCAGGAGGAGGCAUGGGAGUCCUGGGAGGAAGAGCAGGAGCGGCAGCCCCCCGGCGAGGGAAGGGAGCGAGGAGAGGCGGGCGAGGAUCGAGCAGUGGAACAGAGAGAGGGAGGAGAAGCAGUGAACCUGAAGUGAUUGUUGGUAUUAUUUUUGAAGUGGUUGUGAAUCUUGAUGAACCUAACAUUGUGUUUUUUAAUUUUAAGUUGCUUUGUGACUUGAGGAUAGGUGCUUAGGGGGAUUGGUUGUGCAGCUGGUGUUCUUGGGAUGUAGGAUUUGCAGUUCAAAAGAUUAACCAGAUUGGGGUUGAAUUGCCUCCUCACUAUAGGUGUAUAAAGGCAUGUUUUGAGGGAAGUGUUGUUGAUGAUUCCAAGUGUAAUACUACAAAUAUGGGACAACUAAGAUGGGCUAUUUAUGAUCUGUGGGAUUUCUUAUUUCUGCCGCUUAGGCUAUAGUGGUGUUUGAGCUCUCCUAAUUCCUAGGCUGACCAGAUACAGCUUAGUCUUUGCCAUCAAUUUGGCUACUCUGAUUGCUUUAGGUUAAGCAUUGCAACCUAGUUUUCAUGGGCUUCUUGAGCGAAGGUAUCACAUAAGAAAAAAUUGUUGUUCACUCGUCAACAAGGAUGGCCACUAAUAGCCUAUGAUGUAGCAGUAGGUACCUGCAACCAAAAUCCAAGAAAAUGCCAGGUAGUUGUAUACUUGGCGUACCAUAUUCCUAGUUUUCGUUAGGCUUCCUCUGAUGAUAGCUUAAAUUUCUGCUGUAGGGUGUAGAUUGAUACUUAGGAAUUGGCUGGAUGUUUGUUAUUUUAUGGGUAAUAGCAUUGCUUCCAUAAGUGUGCACUAUCCAUGGGGAAGAAGUUUGAGAUCAGCUUUAUUCAAAUUAGGAGUCCCUUCUUAGCAUAAGUGAGAGAAUUUUUCAAGCAAUUCUCUUCUAGACUAUUUACAAACUCGAGUGAAUUUUGGUAUCCUCAAACAGGACUAAAUAGGCAUAGGCUUAUUGUGGAUUGAUUAGUGAAGUUCAUCCAGCAGGUCUAAAUACUUUAUACUAGAUUGCACAAAGUUUGGAGAUCCCUGUAAAAAUUCUUCGUGGAUUACGGCGACAGCAGGCAUCAUGGGCAUUUCUUGGAAAAGGAACUCUUAAACAUUUGAAGAAAGGAUUUAUACUUAUUCACCAUGUGUAGUGCAUUAUUGAUACAUGGAAUAACUGUUGUGCAUUUUUGCAUGUUCUUAAUGAGAACCUUUUUAAAGGAUCUGAGUAUGCAAGUGUACACUUCACAUUUACAUCUGAUUCUGCCUGUUGGGGCAUACAUUAUUAAUGCUACAGUUUGGUUAAACCGUUAAAGGUUAGUUGCCUAGUUUUAAUGUGGUUUCUAAUGUUACAGACUUAGGGAUUUAUGUGGUCGUUUUUACUUGAAAGACCAUUGGGAAUGGCUUCGGUUAUCUUGGAUUGUAGUCAGUUGUAAUAUAAGCGAAAUAUAAAAUAUGAUUGGAAGACUCUUGUAUUGUUUGGAAUUGUUUCAUGAGUUUUUGA